UCAGUUUCCGUAUUACUUCAUCGCAGAGUUACAGGAAGAAAGAGAGAGAGAGAGACAGGGCUGAAACACAAAGGAUCACCAGAGAAGCUCCCAGGAAUGGCAGCACUCAGGGGUGGAAGGCAGGCCGCUUAGAUCGAUUGAGCAGCUCACAGGAAGUCUCAGUAAAUGUCCAUUGACCCAGCAGUGGUUGAGAAUAAAUCUCCCACUAUGAGCGAAGAAGAAUUCAAAGCCGCUGUCCAAGUCGGAAACCUUAGAAAAGCCGCUUCGAUAGCGCAGCAGAUGAUGAAGUCACCCGGAUUAUUCGAAAUUGCCGUUGUCGGGGAGUCGGGCUCUGGAAAGUCAUCGUUUGUCAAUGCCUUCCUGGGCUUAGCUGAUGAUGAUAUAGGAGCCGCCGAGGUCGGGAUGGUGGAAACAACUGAGUGGUCAACCAUAUAUUCACAUCCUGAAUACCCUAAUGUUUUCUUAUGGGAUCUUCCAGGAAUCGGAACGCCACAUUUUCAGUCAGUUGAACACAAGAUAACUGAUACAUACUUGUCAGGAUAUGAUUUUUUCCUUAUUGUCACCGCUACACGCUUCAGAGAGAUCCACGCCAACCUUGCACGGAAGAUCCAGGAGAACGCAAAGAAGUUUUAUUUUGUGCGCUCCAAGGUGGACCAAGACUUGGGGGCUGAAAAGAGAAAACCAAACUAUAGUGAGGCGAGAACCCUGCGGCAGAUCAGAGAGGACUGCCAAGCCCACCUGCAGAGAGCAGGGGUGAACGACACUCAGGUUUUUCUCCUCUCCAGCUGGGAAUCCGACAAGCACGAUUUCCCCCUCCUGAAGGAAAGUCUGGAUCAAGAACUCCGCCAUGCUAUGUUACAAAAGCUGCUUGACACCUCAUGCUGGACCCUGCAAGAGAAGAAAACAGCCCUGCAGAAGACCACACGGAAACAAGCUGACUUCUCGGGCGGCCCUGGUGCCAUUCCUCUUCCGGGUCUUUCUCUUGUUGCUGACAUGGCUGCCUUGAUGGAUUGCAUGAGAGAUUACUGCAAGGAUUUUGGCCUGAAUUCUGACUCCCUCUCUGCACUCGCUGAGCAGGUUGGGAAGCGGGAGGAAGAUCUGAAGGCCGUGAUAAGGUCUCCACUGGCCACAGACAUAAAAAUUGACCUUGUACUGAAGCUGCUGGAAAAGUGUGUAGGUGAGGGAGUGACGUUUCUGACUUACUUUGCCUGGAGUGUGCCAGUGGUCGGGGCAUUGUUUUCUGCACAAGUUUCUUUUGGCACAACGGUGUUUAUGCUGGAUAACUUUAUAAGCGACCUUGCUGAAGAUACCCAAAGAGUCCUGGCAAAGGCUUUGGAGGGAGAAGAGAAAAAGUCAAGACAACAUCACCAAGAACUCAAUUUGCCUGUAAUGCAUGGAAAAAAACCCAACCAAUCCAAUCUCAGCUGGAGGCAGGUGUGACACUGGCAGACCAGGUGCCAGCUCAUGCCAAGACUCUAGGGCUCAGCCCUGACAAAUUCAUAGCUGGAAACCCGUCUGUGCAUGAGGAUUGCUAAUAUCGAUGUUAAGCUUGGAAAAAUGUGUUCAGAUGUUAGGCAAUACUUGUGAGUGGCUGCCUGUGUGAAU